GUCCUUCUUUUGGUCCUUUCUAGACUUUUGGUAGCCAUGCCACGAGGAAACAGCACUGAAGUAACUGAAUUCUAUCUUCUGGGAUUUGGAGCCCAGCAUGAAUUUUGGUGUAUCCUCUUCAUUGUAUUCCUUCUCAUCUAUGUGACCUCUAUAGUGGGUAAUACUGGAAUGAUCUUACUCAUCAACACAGAUUCCAGAUUUCAAACACCCAUGUACUUUUUUCUACAACAUUUGGCUUUUGUUGACAUCUGUUACACUUCUGCUAUCACUCCCAAGAUGCUCCAAAGCUUCACAUAAGAAAAUAUUUUGAUAUCAUUUCAGGGCUGUGUGAUACAAUUAUUGGUUUAUACAACCUUUGCAACCAGUGACUGUUAUAUCCUAGCUAUGAUGGCAGUGGACCGUUAUGUUGCCAUCCGUAAGCCGCUUCACUAUUCUGUAAUCAUGUCCCGAACAGUCUGCAUCCAAUUGGUAGCUGGUUCAUACAUCAUGGGCUCAAUUAAUGCCUCUGUGCAAACAGGUUUUUCAUUUUCACAGUCCUUCUGCACAUCCAAUAACAUCAACCACUUUUUCUGUGAUGUUCCCCCAAUUCUUUCUCUUUCAUGCUCCAACAUUGACAUCAACAACAUGCUACUUGUUGUCUUCGUGGGAUUUAACUUGAUGUUCACUGGGUUGGUCAUCAUCUUUUCCUACAUCUACAUCAUGGCCACCAUCCUGAAGAUGUCUUCUACCUCAGGGAGGAAAAAAUCUUUCUCCACAUGUGCAUCCCACCUGACAGCAGUUACCAUUUUCUAUGGGACACUCCCUUACAUGUACUUACAGUCUCAUUCUAAUAAUGCCCAGAAAAAUAUGAAAGUGUCAUCUAUAUUUUAUGGCACUGUUAUUCACAUGUUGAAUCCUUUAAUCUAUAGCUUGAGAAAUAACGAAGUAAAAGAAGCUUUAACAGUGAUAGGAAAAAAGUUCUUUUAAAUUAGCCCCAGUUCUUAACAUUCAUGUCAACAAAUCAUCCAGCACAGCUGUUCUGCCAAAAAUUUAAUGUUUUUACAAUAGGAAACAUGUAGAAAGAUGUCAAAUUAAUAGUCUAACAUCACUUCUGGAGGAAUUAGAAAAACAAGAGCAAAUCAACCACAAAACUAGCAGAAGAAAUAACUAAAAUCAGAAAAGAACUGAACAAAAUUGAGACCCCAAAAAUUUAUGCAAAGAAUGAAUGAAACCAAAAUUUGGUUUAUUGAAAGGAUAAAUAAGAUUGGUAGGCUGCUAACUGGAUUCACAAAGAAAAAAGGAAAGAUCCAAAUAAGCACAACCAG